CGCUCCUUGAGCCAACCCCUCUGCCCCUGGGGAGCCAUUGAGGUCACUUCCGGGGCGUUCCCUAGAAGCUGUAACGGAAGUGACGUAGGUUGUGCGCCGGCGGCGUGAUGGAACAGCAACAGCAGCAGCAGCAGCAGCUGAGAAACUUGCGGGACUUCCUGUUGGUCUACAAUCGGAUGACGGAACUCUGCUUCCAGCGCUGCGUGCCCAGCCUGCAUCACCGAGCUCUGGAUGCCGAGGAGGAGGCCUGUCUGCACAGCUGUGCCGGGAAGCUGAUCCAUUCCAACCACCGCCUCAUGGCCGCUUACGUGCAGCUCAUGCCUGCCCUGGUACAGCGCCGCAUCGCUGACUACGAGGCUGCCUCAGCUGUGCCAGGUGUUGCUGCUGAACAGCCAGAAGCCUCGCCAUCUGGCAGCUAGCUGUCCUCAACGCUGAGAAGGGAGGCACUGGAUGGACCCUCACGUUGAAGGAGCAGUGGACCUUGGGCAAGAUGGAGCCUGUAUGUAGAGAAUGAGGAGUUGCCUGAGAGCUAGGUACUGUUGCUCCUUUUCCUGGAGCUAAUAAACCUGCUGUAAUCUGUGCGGUUGAUAUUCUGGGCAGGGAGAAGUUGCCUUCUGUGUGUGGAAGGAAAACCUCAGCAUUCCCAGGCACCUGGUUAAAGGAAGGUCUGUGGGUACAGCUUUAAAAUUGGCAACAAGACGCUGGUUCGUGCCCAGACGGCAGAGAAAAUGGGAACUCUGUCCUUAAAUCUGUCUGACUUAAAUGGUUCGCUUAGAGAUAUUAAGGACCAUGGAUUAAGAAACCACAGGGCUUUUAGGCACUACCUCUUCGAAAGUCAGUAGCCCCAGACAGAUGAAACCUAUAGGACUUCUGGGUGUUCUAGAACGUUAACCACUCCCCCAAGUUGUUACUUUCUUAAUACUCCCAGAAAUUGAGCAGUAAAUCCUUUAAACCGAGGAGGUCUGUGUGCUCGUCUUCAGGAGCAGUCAGGGGAAAACUUGGGGAGCCAUGUUCUGCACUAUAGUCAGACUCAAGGGAGAGAAAACCACAGAAGUAGAGGGUGGUGGCUAAGGGGACAAAAAAAAAAAAAAAAAAAAAAAAAAAA